GGGCGUUCCCUUCCCGCCCCAACCGCCGAUUAAUGGUCAAACGGUAAACUGUAAGAGCAGCGUCUUGUGGGCUCGCUGUGUAAAUACAAAUAUGGGACAAAUGGAAAGGCAUCCAGUGUACAGUAACAACAAGGGAACAUAAGCAUGUCAACUGGUGACAGCCUCUCAGAAGAAGUGUCCAGUUCAGCUGUCUUAAACAAUGAAAAUGCUGAGUCAAGUGGCACGAAAGAAAGUGAAAUAUCUGUGGGCAUAUCAGAGGGAAGCCAUUCUGAUCAACAGGAAACGGAUAUUGAGGAAAUUAACGCUGAGUUCACAAAUACGGCGAAAGAGUACCUGGGGGACACCCCUGAUUCCUUAAAGAGUAAAGACCACGAGACAUCCAUUUGCUACAGUCCCUCUAAAAGCAGAUAUUUAGAUGGUUGUCUAGAAGAUUCUUUUAGCUCAGGGAGAAAUCUGCCUUCAAUUAAUCCUACUUCAACUGAAACACUGGCUUCCCUUGUUAAUGAAAUCCAGCGUACUGGGGAUUCUGACGCAGAAGUAUUGAGAAAUUGUGAGACCAGAUGGUUACAGCUAUUUCAGUUGGUUGAGAAGCAGUUUCAGGAUCAAAUUUUAGCACAGCAAGAACAAUACCAGUGCCAAAUUCAGCUCAUACAGGAUGAAAUUAAAGCUUUAGUUCAGUUACAGAAGAAGCAGUCUGUACAUCACAAUACUGAUGUGCCACUUGAAAACACAUCUGAUAAUUCUGCUCUAACUGCUGUUCAUAAUGGGUGCCAUCCAGGACCUUUUUUACUGCACAAACAGACGUCUGUUACAUCCAACCACGGUGAAGCAGAUAGACACCACAUGUUUACAGAUAAUGUGGAAGACUCUACUGGUAGUGUUUUGCUGAGCAGUGGCUAUGGGACACUAUCUGCCUCUGAACAAAGUUUUACCAAAUGUGGAGACUCCAGUAUUAAAGAGAAUAUAUUGAUGGGAAAAGAUGCAGAGCAUUCAUUUAAUCACUUGAGAAAUAAUACUUGUGAAGAGAAUGCUCUUGAACCAUUGAAUGAAUUGGAAAAAGAAACAAGAAAUGUUUUAUUUCCAGACACUAUGCGUACAAACUCGAAUGCAUCAAGUGAUCAAAGAAAAAUCAAUAGUGAACAGUUAACAUCUUGGGCCCAGAAACUAAAGAUGAAAAAGACAAAAUCUAAUACACCUGGAAAGGAAGAUAGUCAGGAGAAGCAUGCUGUAACACCUGAUCAUCUUCACCCCAGGCCUUGUGGACAGUCAUCCCAAUCUUAUCUACGAAAGCAAAGUGACAGUCCUAGUUCUGUGGUGUCUGAUGUUUCAGGUCUAACAUAUUGGAGGAUAGAAGAAAAUGAAAUGUUUCACCUAUUGCCAGAGAAUUUAGUUUCUGGGGCUUAUUUUGCCUUAAAGGAUCAAUCAAUAAACAUGAUCCUGCCUGAUGGUAAAAGGUUACCUGCUUCACUUAAAGAAAUUUAUGAGCUGAAACAGAAGAAUGCCAAUCUUAAUGAUUGGGAGUCUGUAUCAUCUCGGUCAAACUCAAGGCAAUCUGCUCCUCAGGUUUUGACUUUGGAUCCCACACUUCACAUGAAGCCAUCUGAAGAAAACCUUGCAUUUUGCACACAUUCCAGUUUUGGUUCUCCUUUUCAUGAAGAACUGAGGUCUUCCACAAAUGUAAAUUUUUCAGUUAAACCAGGCAUCAUUGGAGAAGACAUUCCUAAAAGCCAUAAUGCCUAUGAUGUCAAUGCAAAUAAUUUACCAGUUACCCAGUUAAAUAGCUUCCAGAAACAUUCAUUACAAACAAAUGCUUUAAAAAGCAAAACAUGGAACCUUCAUACUACCUCUCAAAAUUCAUCAUGCACAAAUGCAAAAUAUCCAGCUUUCUGUGGCAGCAUUCAGAGUGACAGUUUAUCUCAAACAGAAGAGGAGGGAAGCUGUUCAUUACCAACACCCUUACCUAGAGGGCAGACAAUUCGGUCCCGUCAUACCAGUGGAGCUGAAUGUUCACAAGAACAAACUGUGUCGAUGUCUUCAGUGGACGAUCCUGUGGUUUUAUCGUUAGUUAGGCAGAACCUGAGAGAGAAGCAUUCCCGCCAUAUUGCAGAUCUUCGGGCUUACUAUGAAUCCGAAAUCAGUGGUCUAAAACAGCAGCUUGCAGCUGUCAGCAGAACUGCAAACUCAAAUGUAGCUGAAAUUACGAAUCAAAAUCUGCUAGAAAGGUGCAACCAUCUGGAAAGAGCCCUUACUGAGGCAAGCAGUCGUAUAAAAGACCUAGAAGAUAAUAAUAAUCUAUUAAAACAGCAGCUGGCAGAUUGGCCAGAUCGCUAUGAUACCGCCAGCACCACAGCUACAGUGCUUCAGCAGCGUCUUGAUGAAAUGAAAAACAGUAACAAUGAUAAAGAUAAUAUUAUUUCCCGACUGAAGUCAAGACUUAAGGCACAGGAGGAAAACUUCCAGAAUGUUUACAAACUAUCAGAUGAUAAAGAGGCUAGAAUGAAAAAAGAGCACAAAAUGUUGCAGGAUAUCUUGUCAGAAUAUGAAUCUCUUGGAAAGGAACAUGAACGGGUUAAGGAUACAUUAGUUACAACUGAGAACAAACUGUUUGAUGCAAAUACAGACAUUUCUGAUUUAAGGAGAAUUAUUUCAAAAAUGGAAGCUCAGAUCAAACAGCUUCAGCAUGAAAACACACUUCGAUUUCGUCACGCAGGUCAUUCACAGUCUUUGGGAGUUGGGUUAUUCCACUAUCCUGAAACCUAUCCUACUCCGGGCAAACCACCAAUUGAAACUGAUGUUGCCAAAAGAAAAUGCUUGAGUCCAGCAGCUAAUUAUUCUAUUUUCACUGGCCAACCCGUGGGAAAAUCCACUUUAGAAAAUGAUCCUAGGAGCUAUUCUCCCCCAGAGAAGGACUGUCCACAGAAGGAAGAUGUUUCAGUGAAGGAGACAUGCAAUACUGAAAGCGCUGUUGCUCCUAUGAUGAAAGCUCUCAUUGAACUUGACAAAACCAAAGCAACAGAGGGUCGUGCUCUUUGGAAAUUAGACACAAGAGAUUCAAGUGGGAGACAAACUAUUAGUUUCAAUGACAGAGACAACGUCGAGAAAAAUACUGUGACAAACACUCAGAGAAAUUUGUCUCCAGAUGGGCAUAGAUCUUCGUCUCUUCCCCCUUCAAACAGAAAAUCAACACCUUGUUCAACUCCAACUAAAAGAGAAACAAUGAUCUCACCGAUAUCUGCCAAGUCCAGUCCAAAAAGAUGUCCAACCGAAAAUUUUUCACCUGGUUUCAACCACCUUUGUGGAAGAUCUGACAUGCGAUCAGAUGAGAGGGAAUCUUCUUCACCCACUCAAAGCUACAGUCCCAGGAAAAGGCUUCAGUUCAUUCCACUAGAAGAACCAGAAUUAAAAUGUCAUACAAGUAAUUUGGGAGCACACCUUGACAGCCGUACAGAAAUGGCCUUAAAAGCAGUAAAGCAAGGAAUGGUCAUUGGUCGUCCAACAUGGGAAAAUAGGCGCAAUGGGAUUCAAACCAAAAACUCUAUUCCUGUGUUAAUUCCACCUUAUGACACAGACUUGAGUUGCAAAUCAAGAAUGGAUUCACUAACAGAAACAGAACGAUGUUUUGAUGAGCUUACCCGAGAGAAACAACAGAUUGAAGCAGCAUUAAGUCGUAUGCCAGGAUCUGGAGGACGACUCACCUUGCAGGCACGAUUGGAUCGGGAAGCUCUAGAAAAUCGUUUAGAGAAGAUUAAUCAAGAACUGGGAUCAAUCCGCAUGACAUUAAAGAAAUUUCAUGUUUUACGGACCUCUGCAAAUAUAUAAAUAUUUUAUAUGGAUUUUGUUUAGAAAUUGCACUAUGUAUUUUUUUACUUGAUUAUUGAAGCUAUAAGAAAUGUAUGUUGCAUUGUUAAUGUUGUCUAUGUGCAUAAGAUAUUUUAUACUUUUAUGAAGAGUAGGAACUUUUGUUUAAGUUUUUGUUACUAAACUGAAAUAAGCAGGUUACAGAUUUUUACGAUAUAUUUUUAGUAAUGUUCUGAUUUAUUAAAAAUACUUUUUUAGAUUAUUCAUAUAAUAGAUUAUAACUAAUGCAAUGUAUGUGUAAACGUAUAUUUGGCAAUUUGUUGAGCAUCUGAGCCAUUUUAUAGGUGUUUGCCAAAUUCAUAUUAUAAUGUUGAACCACAGUAAUCUUUUUUUUUUUUUUUUUUUUUUUUUUUUUUAUAAAGGGCAGCUCAGAAUUAGUUAACCAGACCAGUUGACUAACUUUGGUUUAUUCAGCAGAUAAAAUAUGCAUUUUAACAUCAGAUUCUGUGUUUGUAUGUGAAUAGAAUAAAUUACACCGCUUUCAUUGUUUUUUUUAUAAAUAUUUAAAAUCUAGAGAAUGGAGGUUCUUCUUGACCCAUGUACAAUAUUGUGAAUAUAUUUUAAUAUUAAAUAUUUAAUUUUCACUGUACAAUGUUUUCCAUAAGAAAGGUUUAUUUUUGUCACAUUAAUUGAAUUAUUUCAUGAAGAACAGAAACACUUUUUAGUAGUCCUGCAUCUUGGGGCAUGUUUGCAUACUUGUGUGUAAAGUUUAACCAGCUAUUGACAACUGCACGUAUGAUUUAUUUUUGCACUUUGCACAGUUUACACUGAAUGAAAGUAUGACUUUACAUGCAAGUGUAUUUGUUAAACAUCAAUACGUUCUUUACCAAAUAUUAUUUUGAGGCAGUGCUUAGUUUGCACUUUAAGUCUGUUUUUAAUUUAUUUAAUUUUGCAUAAGAGUUUUACUCAUUAAACUGGAACAAUAAUGAGGAAA